AUGGCAUUCAUGAUGCAGGAACAAUCGCGCCGUAAUGAAGAAAGAAUGAGAAACUCACGGAACAUCGCGUGGUGUCCACUUCAGCUCACCAUUAGCAAAGACCUGCAAAAUUCCUUACUACGACGGCAGGUCUUCUUGAGUCGCUUACAAGAUCAAGUGAAGCCCGAUCUGCUCUUACCGUCGCACUUCGAGAAGAGGCUUUGGCUUCAUUGGAUGCUCUUUGCGCUAGCGAGCCCACUCAAGGGCUUG